AUGGGGGAUUUUGGGGACAGGGGGGUUGUUCAGGCGCUGGAAGAGAGCAGCGACAGCCGCGGGCAUAUCGCCGUGCAGCAUGCACGUAAGGAGGCAGCAGGGGACCGGUGCGCCCAUAGGCGCGUGUGCCGCGCGCAGGUGCGCAUCGCCGCGCAGCAGCGCCCGCCCUGCGCGUCAGUUCCCGGCGCGAACCCACCGGGGGGCGAGGGCCGGGGAGGGGGACGUGAGCCCGGCGCUCCGGCCGCCCCCGAGCUGGGUGAGGCUGGGGUGCAAGCGUGGAAAGGACUGAGACGUUCUCACGCGUUUCCCCUCUUGUCUUCCAGCGGAGCUGAGUCCCUCUCCUCCGAUGAAAAAGAGCUAGGAACUGGCAGUGCCAGUGGCGACGAGUCUGCCCACGAGCGCCGGUCAGGAGAGGACAGUGCUGCGAGGGACUCUGGCAGCGCCUCCGGAGAGGAGUCCGAUACUGAGGAGUCGGAAGUAAGACGGUCGGAUGAAGAACAAGAAAAGCAAGAGUCACCACCACACUACAAGGAAUCAGGAGUGAACUGCCUGCCGCGCUGUGAACACUGCAGAAAUGAAAACGUCCCGAAGGAGCAGGUGACCCCAAAGAGACUUUCUGGAGAAAAGUACUUGAUAACGCUGGAAGGGGAGGGCACCUACCAGUGCAGCGUCACGGGCUUGAUUUUUGAGGUGACCCAGGCGGUUGCGAUCAAAUACUCCGUGUUGUCGUGGAGCAAGUAUGCGGACCUGGUGGGAAAAACGUGGAUCGUGGGAGGCCCUCUCUUCGACAUCAGCUGUGCCUCGGCCACGGCGCUCACCUCCAUCGAGUUUCCCCAUUCCCUGUGCCUCGGCGGGGGCCGAGACCCUUUGGCAGAGCUGGGGGGAGAGAAGAAACAGCCCGGGAAUACGAGCGCCGCAUUUGAUAUAUCGAGAGCGGUGAAACACUCCAACAAGAAAUUCAUUAAAAUCGACAAGCCCCCCGUUUGCCAAAAAUUGCUGCAGAAAGGAAAGAGAUACCGAUUAGUGUGCGAGCCAGAAGCUGAAGUAAACCCGGAGGAAAUCGAAUUUGUGGACGGCUCUCUCUUGAAACUGAAGAGUUACAUUGAAGUCUACUUGGAGAAGCCUGAUGACUUCACCUUAUCUUUGGUCGAGCUGGAGUCCGAUGCGAUUGUAUGGAAAGCAAAACUAAGAGAGAGUGACUGGAUACAUCACGAUCAGAACAAAAACAAGCAGAAGAGAAACGCAGUCAGUGUCAAAAGACGAAAACCCACCAACAGCUUUUCUGAAGACGAAGAACACUACUGGAAAAAGCAGAAGGGCAGCGAUACUGCAGAUGGCGUUCAAACGAGAAGCAUACUGACUGAUCAGCAACUGAUUAUGAUCGCAAAGAGGUUUGGCGGAGAGUGGAAAGAAAUUGCCAUCGAAUGUCUUCAGCUAGAAAUGAAAGACAUUCAUCAGAUUCAGGCAAAGGAGGAGGAAGUCAACAUUCAGAAAUUUCUGAUGUUAAACAUGUGGAGAGACAGAGAGAAAAGUAACGCAACUGCACAAAGUUUGUACAACAGACUCAAGGAUAAGGCGUCGUAUGACGUACUAGAAGUACUGGAAGGUUUUUUGGCUCAGUGAUGAAUUUGUGGAGAAGCAGUGAAAAGGAGAAAAGUCAGGAAUUUUCCUCAGCUGAAUGGUUAAACUUUUCAAGCUGUUUACCUGGGAUUUCGCUGCAAUUCUGUUAUGAAGAUGCGAGCUCUAAUCCGUCAGCGGAAAGUUCAGGCAAAAUCUUCGAAAGACGUGGGUAUGAAAUUUUACGCUGAUGUAAGUGAAUUUAAUGUUUUCAGGAGUAAUUACUCAACUGUUUCAGAUACCAGUCAUUGGAACUGUCUCGUCAUGAGGGAAGUGCCAAUCGUGGUGAAUGUGAAACCUAAAACUUCCACUGAAUUUUGUCUCAGUUGAGCCAGUUCUAAGAGACACGAGCACUCAGCAACAUUAGUUUACCUUUUUCAUCUACGGGAUUUUAUCUUGAAGCAGCUUUGUUUGAAUCAGGGAAAGACAGAGGGAGAAAAGUUUUAUAGAAGCUUUCAUCACCUUAAAAAAAUUAAACUGCAAAAAUCAUGAGGUAUAUAUUGCAUUUCUCACAGAUGUCUAAGAUCAGGGAAGAAUAUUCUCAAACUUGCAGAUAAAUUCGUUUACAUAAUUCCUGUAUGUAGUCCUGCACAUUCAAGCUGUGCUGGGCUGUGGGUCGGUUUUCUAACAAACUCAAGACUAGAUUCACAGUAGCACCAAUAUUAACUAUGGACAGCUUUGAAUUUUUUUAGAAGAAGUUCUUAUCGGCUCUUUUGUAUAUAGUCUGUCUCAGUUUUUGUGAGAUCAAUUUGUAUGUUGUAUGAUUUUUUUUUUUACUACAAUCUUUUUAUGCAUUUUUACUUGAUCAUUUUUUACCUGAAUAGAAUUAGACGUCUAAAACAGGGAAAGUCAACAUUCAUCAAAAGGUGGUUACUCUGUAGGCAAUACAUGUACUACAGGAUUUUGAAGUGAUGUUAUUGGCAGAAGAGAACAGCUACCUUAGAAGGGAAAUUGUCUUGUUUUAAAGACACCUGUGAUUCUCUUGAUCGUCCUACUCUGUGUAUGUUUAUGAAAGAAAAAGCAUACUUUUAGAAAUAAGAAUUAAACAGGCAACGUUUACACUA